AAUGGUCAUGUGGGUUUCUCACAAACGGGUACUUCCGUGUGAUGCACAAGAAAAUAAUCCAUCGCAACUGCUAGUUUUUCUUCACGCUAACAGCAUUUGUCAUGUAUGAUUAUAUGGUUAGAAUAUGUCGCGCAAGAAGGUUCGGUUUUAUUUUUCUAGUUAUACACUGUGCGCCAAGUGCACUUGCUGGAAAGAUGAAGAUUGUGGAGGAACCAAAUACGUUUGGGCUCAGCAACCCCUUGGCAGCACAAGCGAACAGACUUCAGCCCAAAGUGUCUCCCUCACCAGUAUCAGGACCUGCUCAUCUACACAGGCUCUCUGGGAAGUGUUUCAGCUACAUAGAAUCUACAUAUAAAUAUGAGUUCUGCCCUUUCCACAACAUAACCCAGCACGAGCAGACGUUUAGGUGGAACGCCUACAGUGGCAUACUGGGAAUCUGGCAGGAGUGGGAGAUCGUCAACAACACGUUCAAGGCCAUGUGGAUGAGGGAGGGAGACUCCUGUGGGAAUAAGAACAGACAAACUAAGGUGCUUCUCUCCUGCGGGGGCAGCAGUAAGCUGGCACAGGUGUCAGAGCCCAGCACGUGCAUGUACUCCCUGACUUUUGAGACGCCACUCGUGUGCCACCCUCAUUCACUCCUAGUGUACCCGACGCUAAGUGAGCAGCUACAGGAGGAGUGGGAUGAAGCUGAACAGGCUCGCUAUGAGGAGCUCAUCACUGAGCAGGGGUACAAUAACCUGCUCAAGGACAUUUUUGAGGAAGCUGGCUUUUUAAAGACCCAGAAGGUGACUGAGAAGGACAGCAGUAACCGCACAAAAAAGUUUGAGUCCCUUGAGAAAUGCAGUGAGGAGUUUCAGAAACAGAGUGAAGAGAUUGAGAGACUGCAGGCACUGCUGACUGAGCACAACAUUCCUUAUGAGAAACAGCCAGCCUCCCCCCCAUCAGCAGCAGAAAAUUCCCAGAAUCCUGUGAGUGUGGCCCCGCCUGUGGCCUCUCGGAACGGUCGCCUGCGGGGGGACGCAGGCCUAAUCACAGGCCAGCUGUGAGCGCAGCACAGUCGUCUCCCGUUGAGACGAGUACAGGACUGGUUUCGGUUAAAAUAAAGCCUCGUUUCUGCCCGUGGACAAAAAUCAGCCGCCUCUUGGGAAAGGGUCUGCUCCAGGAUCCGCUCUUAUCUGGUAAACGUGGGUUUUUACGGGACCUCGAGGGAGAGGGGCAUCUGAUGGCGGAAGGAGGAAUCUCCAAACUAAAAAUGGAUGAAAGAGUCCGCUCAAAUUUUUGGUUAUUCCUCGUUGUUCAUAUUUGUUUUGCAUUUUGUAAAUAUGUAAUAUGUAGUGUGUGUGAAAACAGACCAUGUUUUAACUUUUUAUUUAUAAGGUUAAAAUUAACUUUAAUAAGUUCAGGUAUUCUGAAAUGCUUGUGUUUUCCUUCUAAUGGCAAAAACCAUAUGAUUGUUAACAAAAGUAGGAAUUGGAUAUAAGUGGAAUUGCAAAUCAUAAGAGGUGGCUUGGAUCUGCUGAACGUCCGACACCUCCAGAUCACAGUAUGCAAAAUCGAACACAAUCACCAAUGUGCUGAAUACCAGAGACUACAACAGUGUCCAGUGCGCAGUGCUGGCUCCACCCAAACGAUACCAGAUUUGAAUAUUUUCAUUUUCAACCUCAUCUCCUUUUGCCUCUUUGGCACUAUUGUGCUGCUUGUAUCUCUGUAUAUUUUGCAAAUUUUAUAUGGAAAAAUUCAAUGGAAAAAUUGUCCCCACGCUUGCAGCAGAGAAAAUAUCUAUAAAAGAGUGGUUAAUAAUCAGUCUCUCUAUUGAAACAAAAUCUUUGGUGCAAUAAAGAUGUUUUGGAAAUGA